GCAAAAUCAUCAGUUUAACUUUGUCUAACAAACAGUUUUACUUAGUUAGCUUGUGGAUAAAACUCCAAAUAAUUUGUAUAUUUAUUUUUUUCAUCUCAACAAAAUGUCUAAAAAUUACGCGCCGUUUAUUAAGCCUUAUAUGCAGUACAAUGAGCAUGGCUGGGGCCCAUGUGAACUGGAUGUUGUGGAUGUACCAUAUCAGCCAUUCAGCAAGAGUGAUCGUUUGGGUAAGAUAACUGACUGGACUGUAACGCAGCAGGAUAAGAAGUUCACAAACAAGUAUGCCUCGUCCUUUGGCAAUAAUAACCAAUAUGCGUAUUUCCAUGAGGAAGAUGAUGAAUCCUUUCGCUUGGUCGAUUCAGUUGGCUCCAAAGUGAUCAAGCCAUAUCAACGUGGACGCGGUUUCCGUCCAAGUGUGCACAAUAAUCCACGCAAUGUACGCAAUCAACGGGGUAGGAAAGGUAAUGCCAUGGGCAAUAUUAUGGGUCCUGGACUAGCAAGUAUCACUCAAAGGUACGGAAAGGGACGUGAUGGACGUCGUAAUCAGGGCCGCAAGUAUCGUAAUCUUCCCGCCCGCCUAAGAGAGAGUUCUGUGGUGGUGCAAUCGGAUUGGGUUUCCGUCAAGGAGAUAGACUUUCCCCGUUUGCUGAAGCUGAGCUUGCCCAAUAUGAAGGAGGGUGAGGAUAUUGUAACUUGUGGAGCCCUUGACUACUAUGACAAGGCUUAUGAUCGUGUCAAUUUGAAGAAUGAGCGCACUUUGAUGAAAAUUGAUCGCAUUGUUCAUACAGCUACGACCACAGAUGAUCCAAUAAUACGUCGCUUGUCCAAGACCAUGGGCAAUGUAUUUGCCACCGAUGACAUAUUGGCCACCAUAAUGUGCUGCACUCGCUCCAAUUAUUCUUGGGAUGUGGUUAUCGAGAAGCUGGGUACAAAAAUCUUUUUCGAUAAACGUGACAAUGUAAAAUUCGAUAUGCUGACUGUGAACGAGACGUCCCAGGAACCGCCUAUGGAUGAAGAGGGCUCAAACAAUUCCGCCCACAGUCUGUCCAUGGAGGCCACUUUCAUAAAUCAUAAUUUCAGUCAACAGGUUCUCAAAAUGGGUGCAGAAGAAAACAAAUUUAAGUUGGCAGAGCCAAAUCCGUUCGAAGAAGCUGGCGUCGAGUUGGCCAGUAUGGGUUAUCGCUACAAGCAAUGGGAUCUGGGUAAUGAUAUCACUCUAGUCGCUCGUUGCAAACAUAAUGGAGUAACCCAAUUGCCCAAUGGCGAUAUGCAAUUCCUUUCGAUUCGUGCCCUUAACGAAUGGGACUCCAAGGCGGCCAAUAGCAUUGAGUGGCGUCAGAAGUUGGAUAGUCAACGUGGAGCAGUUUUAUCCACUGAAUUGCGUAACAACGCUUGUAAAUUGGCCAAGUGGACUGUGGAGUCUGUUCUCGCUGGCUCGGAUCAACUCAAAUUGGGUUAUGUUUCACGUGUGAGUCCUCGCGAUCAUCUGCGUCACGUCAUCCUGGGCACUCAGCAGUUCAAGCCGCAGGAAUUUGCCACACAAAUAAAUUUAAAUAUGGAUAACUGUUGGGGCAUCCUUCGUUGCCUUAUCGAUAUCAUAAGGAUGCAACCAGAUGGCAAAUAUCUAAUCAUGAAGGACCCAAAUAAGCCUAUGGUAAGGAUUUAUCACAUACCCGAAAACGCCUUCGACUCUGAUGUGUCUGAGGAAGAGGAGAGCAGUGAGGACAAGCCAUUUGGCCUCUCCAUGAACAAUUAAUGAAAAAAUACUUUUACAAUAAUUUAAUUGAUAUUCAACUUUAAUUCAUUCUCAGCCUUCGUUUUCUGAAAUUACACAUUUUUCCAUUUAUGAUAAUUACCUGCAUAAAUCAAUCAUGAUGUAUACCUACCUAUAUAAAUAUUAAUUGCCCCACCA